UGUGAAGAGUUGAAUGAGAUGCCUCCGUGUCUGCAGGAGCCCAAAGACACGAUGUUGCUCCACGUCUUCCUCCUGUUGGCGGCGACUAACGCCGCCUUCAGCUUUGACGACAGGAUCGUGGGUGGUUACGAGUGUAGACCUCACUCCGUCCCCUGGCAGGUGUCGCUCAACAACGGCUGGCACUUCUGCGGAGGAACCCUGAUCCACAGCCGCUGGGUGGUCAGUGCUGCUCACUGCUAUAAGGAUGAGAACAUUGAGCUGCGUUUGGGUGAGCACCACAUUCGCUACAAGGACGGCCCCGAGCAGUUCAUCGCCGCUGCUGCCGUCAUCCGCCACCCCGAGUACGACCGUUACACCAUCAACAACGACAUCAUGAUGAUCAAACUGGCCGAGCCGGCGGAGCUUAAUGAGUACGUGCAGCCGGUGUCCCUGCCCAGCAGAUGUGCCCCUGCAGGGACCCAGUGUCUGGUGUCAGGGUGGGGGGCCACUCAGAGUCCCUUCGGAUGUCUGAAGUGUCUUCACUGCCUGGACCUGCCCGUCCUGUCCCAGCAGGACUGUGAGCGCUCCUACCCCGACAGGAUCACCGCUGCCAUGUUCUGUGCCGGCUUCCUGGAGGGAGGAAAGGACUCCUGCCAGGGAGACUCUGGGGGUCCUCUGGUGUGUAACGGCGAGCUGCAGGGGGUGGUGUCCUGGGGAUGGGGCUGUGCUGAGGUGAAUCGUCCCGGAGUCUACGCCAAGGUCUGCCACUUCUCUGACUGGAUCCAGUCCACCAUGUCCUCUCACUGACGUCCUCCUGCAGAGGACAGAUCCACUCUGUCUGCAGCUGCUGUCCAUUUCAUGUCAACACACUGACUCUUUAUAAGAGGAACAUAUUUAUGACUUUGUUAAGUAGCUGUUGACUGUUUGACUGUUUGUGGAUCAUGUUUUUAACAAUGACAGUAAAAUAUCACC